UUGGCAUAAAAACAAUUAGAAUAAACUCUUUGAAAAGCUCUUCACUGAUACGGUGGCAAUCUCUUCAAAAUUCUAGCUUAAUAAUUAGCUAUCCUCUUCACAAAAACCUACCAUUCGAUUUCAUUUAUCGAUCGAGAAGAAGUAGCAACUAGCUAAGUAUUGAACCAUGGGUCGUUGCCAACGUUGCGGUGCUACAAUUGCAAUGACAGUUAACACAACGAAAGUAGGCAUAAGACGUAAAAUCUGCUGGAAAAUCUGCAAAAUCGUCAUGAAACACGUAGUAGCGGAACUCAUGGAUGACGAUUGGGUGUCCAAUCACAAAGAUAUUGCUUUAUACUACAGAGGAGGAAGACAACAAGGCCAAUUGAAAACGGAAAUGGAAACUUCGCCAUAUCUUUGUCAGAUAUGUAUUGAUAAAAUUGAGGCUGAGGCCGAGGCGGCUGCGGUGGUUGCGGCAGAAAGAGAAGCGAAGGCUACAGCAGUUGUUGCCGCGAUGAAAAGAAAAGUUGAGGCUAACACCGCCAAAGAAGAAGCUGAGGCGGCGCGUGCGUAUUGCCUGAUUCUGAUGAUUGGCUGCUUUAUCUGUGUAUCUGUUAGUGUUGGUGUGUGUGGUUGGUGUUUUAUGAGGAGCUGAUAUUUUGUGAAAAAAAGGUCAGCAAAAGUGAUCUUCAGAAUUCAGAUGAUGAAUGCAGCAAAAUGUCUGCACUUGUGGUAUUCUGGGGCAUCUCAUAUUUGAGCCUAAUUAUGAUAUAGGCAGUGACGAUAUAGUGUAUGUUGCCCCCUCUUUUGGCACUUCCUCGUUUGUAAUUUAUAUUGCUUAUUUGACUCAUUCGCACCAGAAAGAAAAAUGUGUAUAAUGUGUGGCGAAUUAAUAAUUGAUCAAAUGUGUAUAAGUAUGUUGCAUGUAAUAGCAAAUUGGCAAUUAGUAUGUUUGAAUGGGCUUUGACAUACUCUAUAGAAGUAUUAGGGGCUUUGCCUC